AUGUCUGGUCGUACUCAGCAACUCCGCGCCUCCUCCAUGAAUAUGGACGGAUCCAACGAUGGUCGCUCCUCGUCCCGUGGUCCCGGAAGCCCUGGUCGCUCUCGCUCCGGCUCUCAAUCUUCUCAGCGCCACAACCCUUUUGGUCCGUCCCUCGGCUUUGACCCUGCAAAGCCUGAGGGCCCCGGCCCAUCCGAAAAUCACGUCAAUACGCGUCUUGACUUGCCCGCUGAGGCUUACUGCAAGAAUGCCGGCGAGACUUCCUUUGCCAGGCGUCCUGGUUACAACACAGCUGGUAAACCAUGCAAUUUAGAGAUCAACCAGUUCCGGGUUAAGUCUUGGAACGACAAGAUGACAAUCUAUCAGUAUGAUGUCCUGAUCACACCUCCACCUCUCAAAUACAACGUCGUCUUUCAGAAAUGCUGGAAACAUCCGGCAGUACAGGCGAUGCUCCAGAAAUACAAAUGCCUGUGGCUUUCUGACGGUCGCAGGCUAGCCUGGGCGCCUGUUGCGAUUAACCGCGGUGAGGAACGCAUCAUGGUCGAUUUGGAUGAAGGCCUUCCUCCACCUAAGUCAGGAAAACCUCGUCGAGACAAUAGCUUCAAGCUCAUCCUUCGGCAGACUAAGCCGAUCCAUUUAGCUGCAUUGGAAGCAUACCUCAAAGGCCAAAUGGACUGGGAUAAUACAGUGCUUGAGUCAAUGAAUUUUCUGGACCACCUAGUACGUCAGUAUCCCUCGGAGAGAUUGUUGCAAAUCAAGCGCAACUUCUACAACGAGCGAGCCAAGAAGUCAAUGGACCUGGGUCCCUUCUUGGAACUGGUCAAAGGCGUCUAUGCAUCUGUUCGCAUGAACCAAUCCGUUAGCAACGGUAUUGGUCGAGGACUAGGCCUCAACGUGGACAUCGCUAACACUGCCUUCUGGAAGGGUGGCAGCCCCCUCCACCUUCUUGUCAGGGACUUUUUGGCGAUAUGCGAUAAGAACUGGCGUAACUUGCAGCCAGAGAGCAUCGCUAGUCUUCUCAAACCCAUUCGACAGACUGACAAGAAUGGCAGCACAACUUUUGCCAUGUCGGAUGCAUUUAAACACCUUCGCAGGCUAGCGAAACUUCGAUUUACUCCUAAGCAUCGCGGCAAGGAGAACUGGGAUAAAGUAUACCUUAUCAAAUCGAUUGCGUUCGGCGCUGAACACGGUGAGAAGGGUGCAACUGCGGAGAACGUGAAAUUCAUGAACAACGGCGAGGAAGUCAACGUCGUUGAAUACUUCAAGAAGACCUAUGGCUAUCGAGUUCAGUUUCCGACGUGGCCUCUUGUUGAAACGCAGAAGUCUGGUUUCUUCCCCAUGGAAGUCUGCAUUAUCAAGCCAAUGCAGCGCUAUACUUACAAACUGGAUCCUGAUCAAACUGCUGCAAUGAUCAAAGGUGCUGUGACACGCCCUAAUCAGCGCAAGGCGGAAAUCAUAGACGCAAAGAAUCAACUGGCCUGGCGCGAAGAUCCAUACUUGAGACAGUAUGGCGUUGUUUUUGAUGACCAGAUGGCUAAGACUACAGGUUCUAUUCUAGAGCCUCCCAAGAUUCAGUACGCCAACAAUGUGACCAGCCCUAUGUUUUCAGGCCGCUGGGAUCUUCGCGGCAAGAAGUUUUGGAUUAGCAACCGUCAACCUCUCCAGUCAUGGGGUAUUGUGAUCCUCGAAAACUCUACUAAUAAGCCUGCUGCUACACAGUUUGCUCAGAUGUUUAAGCAGACAUACACUGGACAUGGCGGGAAAGUCAUCAAGGACGCAGUUGUUGUCGAUAGUGAGAUGCGAAACAACAACAUGGCCGAUGCCGUUGCUAAAGCCUACAAAACAGUGCAAAAGGCAACGGGAUUAACUCCCCAGUUAAUAUUCUGCAUCCUCCGCUUCAACAACACUGGGUCAUACGAGCGUAUCAAGAAGUCAGCAGACUGUCGCUUUGGUGUUCUCACCCAAUGUGUCUUAUCCCGUCACGUUGAGAAGAACCAAGCGCAGUAUCAUUCAAACGUGGCAAUGAAGGUCAAUGCUAAGCUAGGCGGUAUUACCUGCCGAAUUCCCCAUCCCUCAGGGCCAAAUUCCAAGGCUCCCGCUUUCUUCAAGGAAGUCACAAUGAUGAUUGGUGCCGACGUCUCUCACGGAACGCCUGGAAUUGACGCUCCUUCUAUGGCUACCAUGACAAUGUCGAUGGAUCAGGAUGCUACCUUCUACUCAGCAGCAGCUGAUACCAAUGGGUACCGUGUUGAAAUACUUAAACCUCUCAAUAUCCGGAACUUCCUUGCCCGCCUUAUGCCUACAUGGCAUAAGCGUAUGAACCACCCAGCACCACCUCCACAUCUUAUCUACCUCCGCGAUGGUGUCUCUGAAGGCCAAUACUCACAGGUCCUCGAAUACGAGGUUGGAAGCAUCAAGGCUCUCUUCAAGGAGAAAUAUCCUGGGGCGAAACAGCCAAAGUUUACCGUAAUCGUGGCCACCAAGCGCCACCAUAUUCGAUUCUUCCCUCAGCAGGGCGACAAAAAUAACAACCCCUUGCCUGGUACUCUGCUCGAGAAGGAGGUCUGCCAUCCUUUCUGGUGGGAUUUCUACCUUUGUUCGCAUGUCGCUAUUCAGGGCACCGCCCGCCCGGUUCACUAUACAGUCCUUAUGGACGAAGCGAAGAUGUCAGCAAAUGACCUCCAGAAAAUGAUUUACGGCCAGUGCUAUCAGUAUGCCCGGAGCACUACCCCUGUUUCACUGCAUCCGGCAAUCUACUAUGCAGACCUUGCAGCUGGCCGGGCUCGUGCGCAUGAGAACAUUGCGACUUCUCAUGGUUUCCGUUCCGGUCCAAAAGCUGCAGAGAUGGUAGAAGAGUACGGCGCUCGUGGUCAAAGCAUGUUUGAGGGUGAACGGCCUACGGAAUCUCUACCUCUUCUACCUCUUGGUGGUUCUCCUGGCGAGGCGGACCCCGCCAGCAGCGAGAUGUUCAGGAACACCAUGUGGUACAUAUAA